AUGUCUGCGACGCACCUGAUUCCCACGACGACGUCAUCUGCCAUCUUCUUCAGAGCACUUGCCCUCGCCUCAACCGCACGCUGUUGUCCUCAUGCGUUCAGGACCUACUCCUCGGCGAAAGCAGUCCCACAGUCCUCCAAGAGGGAGCUAUAUACCGUGCCGUCUUACCAACCUCACAGCUUGCCCACCGACUUCCCUCUACCGCCACGAAAUACCAACAUUCCAGAUACCUCGAUAGCUGGACCCCCACCACGCCUCAAUGACACCAGAAUUCCUCAGGAGAACGAGAAGCGACAGACAGAUAUUGUGGAAACCGCAAGUUUAAGUGUGCCCGAGAGAGAGGCGCAACAGCCCAAGCCUGUGCCCCAACCCAAGACGGAGGAACCGAAGUCAACUAAACCUCGGCGAAGCAAACUACGGCCUCGAAAGGCCGCCAUGACCAUUACACCCAGUGCUUUGGUCCACUUACGAGAGCUUCUGGACCAGCCCAAUCCGAAGAUGAUAAGAGUGGGCGUCAAGAACAGGGGUUGCUCUGGGCUCGCAUACCAUCUCGAAUUUGUGGACAAACACGGACCUUUCGAUGAGGCGGUUGAACAAGACGGUGUCAAGGUUUUAAUUGAUAGCAAGGCCCUUUUCAGCAUCAUUGGCAGCGAAAUGGACUGGAAGGAGGACAAACUCAGUGCUAGAUUUGUUUUCAACAACCCCAACAUUACAGAGCAGUGUGGGUGUGGCGAAUCCUUCAGUGUUUCAUAG